AUGAACCCCGAACCAUUCUCUUCACGCUAUACACCAACCUCACCUCUAUCUCCUCGACUCCCAGCAAACCAUCGCCCUAUGUCACCUCAGCCUGCACGAUCACGCACCGUUCAGCAUGGUCGACAGGGAUCCCGCAAUAUGCACAUGAGUCUGCCGCGGUUCCAUCCAAGCAACUUCACCAAUCUCGAUUCGCCUGCCACGCCCACCUCAGCAGUACAGUCUCCAGCUAUCACCAUCAACAGAGUAACGCCGCCAAUGCAGCUCGAAUCACCUCGACUGAUGCGUGAGAAGCAGCGGGAGUUUUUGGAACGGGCUCAUCUCUCGGCCAAGAUUGCAGCUUCGUCGAUGGGUGUCAAACCCGGUGCGCCACGACUUGAUCCUCUGGGUAGUCCGAAAGGCCCGGUCACACCGCUGGCUCUAGAUGAGGCCGGAGAUUACUUUCAGGUUGCAGGAGCUGGAAAGAUUUCUCCUGCCGGCAGUCCAGGUGCACGAAGCCCGAGAAGUGAUGUUUCGUCAGACAAGGAGGACUCCAAGAACUCGAACAAAAGACAAGCCGAUAUCUAUCACUGA